GGAUUUAUCUAUUUCGUCCGCCGCUUGUGCGGCGUGUGGCAAUUUCCCCAGUGUCUUCACAAACACCGUCUCUCUAUUCCCCGCAGCCUGUGAAGCACUCGCAGUCAUUAUGCCCCUUUUACAGAAUGGGCAGUUGAGCCUCAGAGAGGCCCAGGGUCACAGCAGGCAGGGGAUGCGGAGUCAGAUCCCAGGCCCUUUCCUGGGCCUUGCACCCUCCGCGGUGCUGGACAACCGGGCUCCGCUGCCUCGAACCCGCCGGGACUCCGACCCGUCCCCGGGUGCAGAGGGGGCGGCCGCGAGGCGCCAGACUUGCCAGCUGCCGCGGGAUGCCACGUGAGGGGCGGAGACCCUGCGGGGAGCCGAUUAAAAGCCGAACGGAGCCGCAGGGGGCCGCUGCGGGGAGGGUCUUCUUGGGGCCGCGUCGCCCACCCCAGUCCAGAGGCUGCACGGGUUCGGGCGCCGGGGUGUCCCGGGCAUGAGUGGGGUGUGGGCGAACGGGGGGCCUCGGUGCCAGGCGGCGCUCGCGCUCCUGGCCUCGCUGUGCCGGGCCCGGCCGCCCCCUCUCGGGCUGGACGUGGAGACCUGUCGGAGCUUCGAGCAACAGCCCCCAGAGAGGAGCCCGAGCGCGGCCGGCGCAGGCACCUCUGUCAGCCUCCUCGCAGUGGUGGUUAUUGUGUGUGGCGUGGCCCUGGUGGCAGUUUUUCUCUUUCUCUUUUGGAAGUUGUGCUGGAUGCCCCGGAGGAGCAAGGAGGCGUCCAGUCCCGCGCCCGCUAACCCCGCCCCGGAGGCCGCGCCGCGCCCCGGCCCCAGAGGGGUCAUGGCCGAGAAGCUGAAGGACGGCGCGGCGCUGGGCUUCCUGGAGGCGGCCGUGAAGAUCAGCCACACGUCCCCCGACAUCCCCGCCGAGGUGCAGAUGUCUGUCCGGGAGCACAUCAUGCGUCACACGCGGCUGCAGCGACAGACCACGGAGCCCGCGUCGUCCACCAGGCACACAUCCUUCAAGCGCCACCUGCCACGGCAGAUGCAUGUCUCCAGCGUGGACUAUGGCAAUGAGCUGCCGCCGGCGGCAGAGCAGCCCACCAGCAUUGGCCGAAUCAAGCCCGAGCUCUACAAGCAGAAGUCGGUGGACGGGGACGAUGCCAAGUCUGAGGCCGCCAAGAGCUGUGGAAAAAUCAACUUCAGCCUACGCUAUGACUACGAGAGUGAGACUUUGAUCGUGCGCAUCCUGAAGGCCUUCGACCUCCCUGCCAAGGACUUCUGUGGCAGUUCAGACCCCUAUGUCAAGAUCUACCUCCUGCCAGAUCGCAAGUGCAAGCUGCAGACCCGGGUGCACCGCAAGACCCUGAACCCCACCUUCGAUGAGAACUUCCACUUCCCGGUGCCCUAUGAGGAGCUGGCCGACCGCAAGCUACAUCUCAGUGUCUUCGACUUCGACCGCUUCUCCCGCCAUGACAUGAUCGGAGAGGUCAUCCUGGACAACCUCUUUGAGGCCUCCGACCUGUCCCGGGAAACCUCCAUCUGGAAGGACAUUCAGUAUGCCACAAGUGAAAGCGUGGACCUGGGAGAGAUCAUGUUCUCCUUGUGCUACCUGCCCACAGCAGGCAGGCUCACCCUCACAGUGAUCAAAUGUCGGAACCUCAAGGCGAUGGACAUCACAGGCUAUUCAGAUCCAUAUGUCAAAGUGUCCCUGCUUUGUGAUGGGCGGAGACUGAAAAAGAAAAAAACAACCAUCAAGAAGAACACUCUUAAUCCUGUCUACAAUGAAGCCAUCAUCUUUGAUAUUCCCCCAGAGAACAUGGAUCAAGUCAGCCUGCUCAUCUCCGUCAUGGAUUAUGAUCGAGUGGGCCACAACGAGAUCAUAGGAGUGUGCCGCGUGGGGAUCAACGCUGAAGGCCUGGGCCGGGACCACUGGAAUGAGAUGCUGGCCUACCCGCGGAAGCCCAUCGCACACUGGCACUCCUUGGUGGAGGUAAAGAAAUCCUUCAAAGAGUGGCAGGGCCGGGCUGCCAGCUUUGACAGCGAGAGCUCGUGCCCGUCUCCGAAACCACCUCCCACACCGUGAGCCAUGCGGCCGGGUGACAUCAAUGGGACUCAGCGAUGUUCCUUUUUGCACUUGUUCAACCGUCCAAACAGUGCUGCGCAGAGGCAGCGGCAGCCGUAGCACAAGUCUUAACCACUCCUGCGCAGGUCAAAGCCAAGACACUUGUGUGGCCAGACCCGUCUUAGUCUUUUGUGUCUCCCAAGGUGAUGUUUUCUGUGGUUUUCACUUUUUAUGGAUCUGCUGCCAGGAGGAGAAGGGGUGGGGGGUGGGUAGGAAAGAAAGAAGAGUAGGGAGCCCAGAAGCUGGUUCAUAUAAAAUGCAAUGUACAAUAGUCGUCUUUUUCGGGGGAGGUGAGGUUGAGUUCCUGCAGUUUCGUGUCUCCACCAAGCUCCACAAGCCUGGAGAAGAAGGAUGGGGGAUGGAGCCAUGACUGCUUCUGCCAUGGCCUGCGGAAGGAUGUGAAUCGGGCCGAGAGCCUUUACAAGUCUGGUUACCACACCACCCUUGGAAGCUCUUGGUGACAACGAUGAUCAUGAUCGUGAUGCGGACUCCUGGUCCUAUGAUGACAUCACUGGGGCUCCGAGACGUGUGCACACCUUCCGCUGGUUGUGCAGGGCUCCUCGCCCCCCUCCCUUGUUGACUUUCCUCAUCAGUUGAAAAUGUCUUGAUUCCUCACUGGAACUUAGUCACUUUCUUUAGGAAUGAUUCUGCUGAAACUAAACAUGCCAUAUGUUUUCUGGCACACCACAGUUAAUGAUCGUAUUUGUUUGAAAACAGGAUCUUUGUUCUCAAAAAUAACCUUCAUUGUAAAGAAGAGAAGGCACAUGUUCCAGAAUGACUUCUGUGUUAUGCAUAGCUUUAUAAUUCCAUGACAUAUCAAGCAACUGUUUAAAAUGCCUAAAUAGAUCAAAGAAAAACCUAGAUAAACUGUUCUUUGGGGACUGGAGAGUUUUAAUCCAAGUCAUAGCUGGAAUCCAUCUUUCCAUGAAGAGAAUCUCCUUGAUUGAAACAAAGUCAGCUUAAGCCUAUUUCAGACCCCUUGACUCUAGGACAAUAUUCAUCUUAAACUUUAGUUCUAUGAAUUACUAAGUACUUCAGUGUUUGUUUUGGUGGUAGUGAUGUUUUUGUUUUUAUUUUCUUCCUUUAGAUCUCUACCUUAGGCCAAAUUCAGUCUAGGAAAAAAAGAUGUUUCAACUCUUCUGUGUUGUAAUAGUACAUUUCUGUUGAGUUAAUAGUGGUCUUCCCACCGACCAUCUAUAACUCAGUUGAUUUGCUCAAUUUCAGUCUGUAUAGCCCUGGUAAACUCGUGGAGGUGAGUUUCUACUUUAUCUGUGAUUACACAGUGCCAACUUCCAGAGUUGUGUGUGUGACUUGCAAAAGGCAAGUCUGCUGAAGAACCCCUUCUUCCAUCAAUGGAAUCUCAAGAAGGGAAAAGUUAUUCACACGCCUUGUGUCUUACUCUUUAUAUAUGUCACAUGCUUUAGGAGCAGAAACUCAAUAAAGUAACCCUCACUUUAAGCCAAGUUAACAGAUUUCUCUGCUGAUAUAGCUUUAGGCAGUGUCUUCUACCCAAAAUUCAGACUGGGCAUGAGGAUGACCAGGAUAUUGUAGCCAGAGAGGUUUUCAGCUUAGAAAAGUAAAGGCAGAUAGACCAAACUUGAUUGCAUACUGAGCCUUAGGCUAGGAGCUAAUGUGUCAUUGGUAUAAAGAUCAGUUUCUCCCUAAAUUGUCUUGUGAUUGAUAGUCAUCCUCGUUAGGCAGUACUGCAGCUGGAUGUUCUUUUGAGAGUGAGAGAAAAAAAACACACACACACACAAAGUCAUGACAAGACUCAGAGCAGGCCAUAAACUUCAUUCUGUCUCUUGACUCUAGACUGACUCCAUCAAGAUAGCCAUCUCAAUCAUUGAGCAGAUGCUGUGGGUCCUGCAACUAGGCAGGGGACAGUUGAGUUUCCUGGGUCAUGAGCAACCCAGAAACUAGUAUGAGAGGGUCCUUCCAGAAGUGAUCUCAAAACGCAGGUCCAGCUGCCUUCUUCGUACGCCCAGAUGCAUAAGGAUGACCACUAGACUCCUGGAGAAAGGAGUGUGAUCUGUGUGAAUUGGGGAAUAGUUACUGUUCUCGGACAUUCCUUUCUUGUCCAAGCAGCUAACUUACAUGAGUGAACCUCCCAGUGGUUUUGGGAAAUCAUUUCCUGAGCAGAUUAUGGUCAGUCCCGCACCACCUACCCCACUGCUACCACUCCCACUACAGCAAUCCUGGUAAAUUACUAUAGGCUGAGAAGCCCACCCCAGGGAGGCCCUCAGCUCCAGGAGCCCCGCACCCAGCGUCUUCUGGGGUGACCAGUCCUCAACCUGAAGCAUGAAUGAACAUGAAUGUCUGCCAACUUCAUUAUCUAGCCCAAUACCUCUUCCUCGAAGAUGAGAAUCAAAUGAAUUACAAGUUUCAGAAUAAAAUGAAAUACAAAGUUGAUUUAUUUGUUGGCUUCUCUGCCAUGAAAAACCUCUUUCUUGGGUUGGCGUUUUGAGCUUUGCUGAGGCCAUGAUAACCAGGGCCUUUUGCAUCUCAAUGUUUUGUUUUUUUUUAAUACAAAGUUCCCACCUGUAUUUAGCUGUGUUUCUGUGCUGAAAGAUGCCUCUCACCCUUCCUUCGCAUACUCAGGAUGUUAAUUAAUUGCAACAUCAUUUAAAGACAUUAUGUUGUUAAUUACCGCUUCGUGUCUCCCCGCCCCUGUCACAGCCUGGAGUUUUUGUUCAAUUAAAUCUCUGUCUCUUGACCAUUUCUCUUGUCAUCGCAUGUUCCUGAAGGUUAGCUGUCUGCAUACACACGGAACACAGCCCGGUUUUAUCUUUAAACUUUGUUUCACAUAGAUAACCCCCUCCCUUCCAUCAGAGGGACAUCAGAUGGGCUUGUUGGUUUUUUGUUCUGCCCAAGGCAUACCUGCAGACCCCGUCAAGCUGGAAUCCACCUGUGUUUUGUCAGACUUAUGGCUCACAGAGCAUUCGGUUCGCGGGGCUGUGCUGGUUCCUCAGCUGUUGGGCUCACGAGCAGUCCCUGCAGAUGCCGCUUCUCUAGGGAAGCAGGCUGCACGCUCAGAGCUGGAAAGUGCGAUUGCUCUCGCCCACCAGGAGAGGAAUUCUGCUAACUCUCAUAAUAACACUACUUGGCCGAGUGAGGAGAAAACUCUACUGCAGCCUCGAAUAUUUAAAAAGAACAUUCUGACUUAAUAGAAUAGCCUCUCCGCUCACCCCCAGCUUUUAAUUAAAUUAGGAAGCAGUCUGUAGAGGGGAGAGUGGUAGGGACCCUCGGCUCUGACGCACCUGCAUCUGAAUUACCUGCACUCCACAGUGAGAUGCCCCCAGGGAGCUGCGCUGCUGAGGGAAGCACUCUGCCUCGUAAACACACAGCCUCCCCUGGCUUCUGCCUUCCGUCAGGUCACCCAUCAGCCAGCGGGGUUGGAUGAUGUGCGGCUGUAUCGGCUGUAUCCAGAGCACAUCGGGUGACGAGGUAAACGUGUCUGGCCGGGUGAUGCGGCCUUAACAACCUUCAGACUUCAGUGGCUGCAGACAACGAAGGCUCACUUCUCAUCCGCGCUCGUCCGAGUCACAGAUCAGCAAGGGGGGGCUCUGCUCACCUCCUCGGAUUCAUUCCAGGGGGAUUCAGCGUCUCCAAGGCUGCUGGCUGCCGCGCCCGAGGGAGAAAGAACGCUCUGCAGCCUCUCCUCAACACUCUGGCCCAGAGGUGACACAUGUCCCUUCCCUUCACAGUUCAUUGCUCACGACCACGCAUGUGGCCUCCCAGAACACAGGGGUUCAAACACCCAGGGGAAGAACAACUGGAAAUAACUGGUUCGCACUCAGGAUGACCACAGCGAAGUUAGCAGACCCGUGGGGGUGGCAGCUACUGACGGGCAGGUUCAGAGAUGCAAAGAGAAGCUGCAGUGCAUUCACUGUUGAAUGAACUCAAGGACUAGACUGAACCCCAUGACCGUCCCUGGCUCAGACCUGAAUGCUGCCCAUAAAGAGCUUCUAGUCUAGCAAAUUGGCAACAUCAGUAACUAUGGUCCCAGGUAGAAAGCGGGGAGUGCAGGAUGGGAGGUAAAUAAAAGGCUCCAGGGGUCCAAGAAAAGAAUGACAGCUUUGAGAGGGAGGGGACAUCUGAUCUAGAGCUCUUAAGGAUGGGUAGGAUUCGGGAUGGGGAAGUUAGGAGGAGGGGGCAUAUUCCCGGCUGAGCACUCCACACACCACACCACCAGGCUGCAGACCUGGUCCCUGCCUCAUUCCUCCCAGCUGCCUCCGUGAAAUGGGCCUGCUGCCCCUCCUCCCUCCACUGCUGGCUUGCCUCCUGCUCCCAGGCAGGCUGAUGACCCAGAACUGCGAGGUGGGCCUGAUUUUGAGGCUCUGGCUAGCUGCCCCGCCUCAUUCACUCACCCAACCUCCCCUCCACGGGCAGUUUUGAAGCCACAGGCCACUCAAGACUUCGUGAUUUGUCCUAUGUCUCACUCCUGUUUACAGCAGCGAGCCCCAUCCAGAUGUCUGAUGCCCUAGGGCAGGGAGCAGGACUGGCAUCCCCCUGGCUUUCAUGGAGCUGGUUCCCAGCAGCUCUCCCAGCAUGGCUGCAGCAAGCCCUCCAGCAGAGACUGGGACCCAAGAGGCUGGCAGGCAGUUGUAGGCAUUCACCCGAGGGGUGGAGUGCUGAGCUAGGCACGGGGACACAGGGAAACGAGGGCAUCUGUACAGGACACAGUGAACACAGAUGCACAACACAACAGGACUGAAAGCUGAGCAGAUCUGGAAGUCAGGGAGGAGGAAAGGGUAUUCAAGAGUAUUGAGUGCUCUCCCACUUGAGGCACAGGAAAAAUGAUGGAGCCUUCCAUAGAAACCGGAGACAGCAGAACAAGGAAGAAACGAUGAGUCCAGCUGGGGCCAACUGAAUUUGAGGUGUGGGAGGGAUGUGUAGCAGACAGCUUGGUUUGAGAUGCAGCUUGGCAGAGAGGUCAGGCAUGAGAAGUUCAUUUAUAGAAAGCUUACACCCCAGAAUGAGAGGUGGGGACAGGAGGCUGACACGGCCACGUGGGCACAAGUGGACAAGGAGAGUCUCAAAGAGGGCUUCUUGGAGAACCAUCAAGAUUUAGAGGGCAAGGAAAAAGAAAGUGAUGUGAAUAAUAAUGGAGGUGUGCCCAAGCAAAGCUGAUAGAUGAGGAUGCAGAUCAAUAGAACUAGAUCAAUCAAGGGCCUCAGAAAAUGAUUCUUCACAAGUUCAUCCCAAGUGCUUGAACAUGACUCGCAAGUCUGCCUUCACCCACACUUGCAGGGACCCACGGCUCUUUUUCCCCCUAGCCUCUGCUCUUGCCUUUUGUGUGUGUGGUAAAAUAUAUUUAUCUUCAAUUUACCAUUUUUAAGUGUACAUUUCAGCAGCUUUCAAUAUGUUCACAUUUUUGCACAACCAUCACCACCAGCCACCUAUAGAACUUUUCUCAUCCUAUGAAACUCAAACUCUGUAUUCAUUAAACAGCAAAUCCCCAUCCUCUCCUCCCUGUCCACCCUUCAGCCCCUGGCAAAAACCAUUCUACUUUGUGUCUCCAUGAAUUUCAUUAAUCUAGGUAACUCCUGUGAGUGGAAUCAUAUCGUACCUGUCCUCUUGUGUCUGGAUUGUACCACUUAGCAGAAGAUCCUCAAGAUUGAUCCAUGUUGUAAUGUGUGUCAGAAUUUCCUUGCUUUUUAAGGCUGAAUAAUAUUCCAUUGUAUCAAUACACCACAUUUUGUUUUCCAUUGAUCUGUUGGUGGACAUUUGGGGUGCUUCCACCUUUUGGCUAUUGUGAAUAAUGCUGCCACGAAGGGGGGUGGUGUACCAAUAUCUCUUCUCGUCUCUGCUUUCAAUUCUCUGGGGUAUAUACCCACAAGUGGAAUUGCUGGAUCAUAUGGUAAUUCUCUUUUUAAUGCUUUGGGGAAGUGCCAUACUGUUUUUCAUAGUGGCUGUGCCAUAUUACAUUCCCAUAGGCGGUGCACAAAAGUUCCAAUUUCUCUCCACCCUCACCAACACUUGUUAUUUUAUGUAUUUUUGAUGGUAGCUGUCAUAAUGGGUAUGAAGUGGUAUCUAAUUGUGAUUUUGAUUUGCAUUUUCCUAAUGAUUAGUGAUGGUGAGUAUCAU